AUGUCAAAACAAGGAAAAAGAAAAAUUACUGUCGAAUUACCGAAAUCGAAAGAUCUAGCUAACAGACCUAGUGUGUUUGAGCGUCUCGGUACUAAGAAGUCCAACGCUAAAAAAACAACUGAACACUGUAGACAGUGGGCUCAAAACGGGAGUUGUGCUUACGGUAAAAGUUGUAAAUUUGCAUCAACUCAUACGCUUAUAAGUCCUUCGAAGCAAAGGGCCGCUAAUAAAGACAUUGAACAGAAGCGCAGUGUGAAGGAUGAUCCUAAAAGUAGGUUACAUUCUACCGUCGUGGUACGAGCAGGCCGUAGUCCAGAUGGUGAAAUCGACAACUGGGAUCAAAAUGACUUAGAAUAUGCAGACACAGACGUCCUUGAGAAACGUCGACAGCAACUGCAACGGGAAUUAGAGUUGCAAAUGAAAAUGGACUCCAGUAAAGACAUGCGUAAAGAUAAAAAGAAGACAAUGUCAAGUACUUCUUCAUCUCGCAGCUCUAGUUCAUCGAGCGUUUCUUCAUCUUCAUCAGAUAAUAGUUCCUCAUCUUCUUCUUCUGGCAGAGAAGCUAGGCGAAAAGGGAAGAAAGGAAAAUUACAAAGGAAUUCAAGUUCUUCUUCAGAUGGUGAUGUGCCUUCUAAAAAGAAGUUCAUCAAAACUGAUACUCUAAAAAGAGACAAAAGUGAAACCAAGAAAAAUCUGACAAAGAAAGAUGAUAAACUUUUAAAAAAACAUGAUACUAGUGGAAAAAAGAAACCUGUUGCUAAAACUACUAUAGGUAAGAAAUCACUGUCUCCAGGUAAAAAAUCUGGUGGAACACCUCCAAUUACAUCUAAAAGCCUUACUAAAGGAGCAGUGAAACAUGGUAAAUCCCCACAUAGACGAGAACGUAGAAGCAUUUCACCUCACAGUACUAGGGAUAGAGACAAAGACAAGGACCGUGCAAAAGAAAAAGACAGAGAAAAAGAGAGGGAAAAAGAGCGUGAAAAAGAAAGAGAAAAGGAUAGAGAGAGAACUAGAGUGCGUAGUAGAUCACCUAGAAAAGCAAGGUCUAGAUCUCCCCGUCAAUAUGCCACACAUUCAAAAGAUGUUAGAAAGAAAGAGAGUUCUGAAAGAAGUAGACCAGUGUCACCCAAGAAACAAACUAGAAGGGAUGGUAGUGCAGAAAGACAUAGAAAGAGAUCAGCAAGCAGAGAUAGAGACAGAGGGCGGGAGCACAAGGAUAGGUCUUUAGAAAGAAGGAAAGAAAAACAUGAUGAUAAAGAUAGACAUGAUAGGAAAGACAGAGGAAGAGAUAGAAACAAGGAGACUAAAAGGGAUGAUAGUAAGAGAAGGGGAAGAGGAGACAGGGGCCUGGGUGGUAGAGGUGGUGCAGACAAAGGGUUGGAAAAACCCAAUAAACCUAUGGAAAGACUUCUGCCUAGACCAGAGGAGCGUUUAGCUGCUUUAGCAGCUAUAUCCAAUAGGGCUCUUGAUAUUGACAAAGCUUCUUCUACAUCUAAAGAUCGACAAGACACACAUUCUGAAAGAGGUGGUCGUAAACAGGAUAGGCUUGAAAGAGAUCGUUCAACAAAAAGGGAUAGAUUAGAUAGUAUGGAUCGAGAUCAAGGUGAUUAUGAAAUGGGUAUUGAUCGUCAGUAUGACAAUGACCGAAAUAUAGAUCACUAUGACAGGGGGGAUGAUCGUUAUGAUGAUGGCCCCAGAGAAGAUGACAGAUCACCGGGUUAUAAUAUUCAGGGAAGGGACAGGCAUUAUGAUACUGGUUAUGAAAUUUCUGGUCCUCCACGGGGCUAUCCUCAAGAUGAUGAUAGACUAUAUGGUGACCGCAUGGGUGACCACAGGGGUGUUGAUAUGGGUUAUGAUGACCGUCAUCCUCAUCGGGACCGUUCAUGGGAAGGAAGGUCCGGUUCUAUGGAUCGAGAAAGAGGAUAUAUUCAUCCUCAUAAAGAGUGGGAUAAUGAAGAUUAUCGUGGAGGAGACUGGAGUAGAGAGAGACGUUGGCCGAUGCAUGACCCACAGAUGGGCGAGUGGGGUGAUAAAGAGCCCGAUGUGGAUGCUUGGCAUCAUCGAGGUCAUACUGGGCCCCAUCGUGGAAGGAUGCAUGGUAAGGAAGACUAUGGACGUGGUAUGCGAAUGGAUCUACGAGCUGAGAGUAAUAAACGGCGACCUCCAAGGAAUGAACCAGACCCGACACCAAAAGAUACUCCAACUUCUACACAACCAGCACCUGCUGCUGCUCCUCGUCCAGAAGUCGAAGUUGAUGAUAAACCUAUACCUGAUGAUCUUAGUGAAAUCAGUGACGAUCCCGAUGACAUCCUUAAUAGAGAAGAUAUGGCAGAUCAAAUUAUAGAUGAGGAUAGCCAAUCUGGUUUACCCAAUGAUGAAAGUGGUUCUAAACUAGAAGGUUCCGAAAAGGAGUCUACACAGGACACAAGUGGUGCAGGUGAAGAAAAGGAUUCACUGGAUGCUAAGGAUGAUGAAGAAGUAACAAACUUAGAUUUUGAGGAAAUAUCUGAUGGAGAAUUGGAAGAGGAGCGAACAAGGGCUGGGUUAGGGGAUGCCCUUGGAGUCGACUGGGCAAGCUUAGUAGCGGAUGUGCGACGACGAGAACAAUCAAGUGUGUCUUCUGGUGGAGCAAGAGAUCGUUGGAGACCUGAGAGAGUACUAGCCCGUUUGGGGCUGUCUCUACAUAUGGCUGGAGAUGAAGUUGUUCAACAAGUGUUGCAGAAAAAUGCUGCAAGCUUACAAGACACUAAUCAGCCUCAGUCAGAAGGUUCUGAAUCAAAAGAUAAUAUUGCACAAAAUGGUGUAUAUGAAAAUAAAAUAGAACCUAAGCCCGAUGUUGCAUCUCUACAUCCUGUAGCUGCUAUUCAGGUGGCAGAGCAAAAGCGAAAACGUCAACGUGCUGUAUUAUUUGGAUCUGGUUGUGAGAUAACGCGUGGUUUAAGCGCACGACGUGAUCUAGCUCUGCGAAGAUACUUAUGUCAUUUACCUACAGCAGAAAGAACUGGACAGGCGCGAGUAACACCACAGGCUUCUUUCUUCCAUGCAGCUAGAUCCAUGUUAUUGCAUGCUCCAGUUACUGGCUGA